AUGGGUAUAAACAGUGAAAAUGGUAUGGCAGAUAAUGGUGAUGCUAUCUUGGACAAAAAUCUUUACUCGCGACAAAUUUACGCACUGGGUGAAUCAGCAAUGAUGCAUUUGAGAAAAGCAUCUGUGUUAAUAUCAGGCAUUGGAUCAGUCGGUGUAGAAGUCGCCAAAAAUUUAAUUCUUGGUGGUAUUCGUCAGGUAACAAUCCAUGACACACGUGAUGCGAGAUGGCUAGAUCUGAGCGCACAGUAUUAUCUGAAGGAAUCAGAUAUUGGACGAAAUCGAGCGGAAGCAAGUUUUGAACACUUAGCCGAACUGAAUGACAGUGUUACUUGUCAUUUAUCAAUGGAUCCACUGAAUGAAAAUUUUGUAAAACAGUUUGACUUAACAGUGCUUACUGAUGCUCCUCUCGCCAUGCAACUGAUAGUGAAUGAUUGGACUCGCAAGCAUAAUCGUCAUUUUAUAGCUACCGACGCUCGAGGACUGUUUGGUAUUGUAUUCGUUGACGUAGGUGCAGAAUUUAAAGUAAAUGAUUUAAAUGGAGAGCGGUGUAAAGAAUUGCUGAUUGAGCACGUAGAUGCAGAGACAGGCGAUGUAACAACGUUAGAUAAUGUGAUGCAUGGUCUUGAAGAUGGCGAUUACGUAACGUUUUCAGAAGUUAAAGGGAUGACUGAGUUAAAUGGUAUUGAACCACUCAAAAUCACCAUUAAGAAACCAAAUGUGUUCAAUAUCGGAAAAGUUGUUGCCAAAUUCUCGCCUUAUGUGGAAGGUGGACGUUUUACACAGGUUAAAGUGCCUUCUAUUAUUUCGCAUAAAUCACUGAAGGAGUCACUUAUUGAACCGGAUAUAUUAAUGUGGGAUUUCGCGAAAUUCGAAAAUCCCUCCCAACUCCAUGCUUUAUGGCAAGCAUUGCAUUCUUUUGAAGCUAAGCAUAAACGAAGUCCUAUGCCACGAAGCAAUGAGGAUGUUGGACUUCUCAAGGUCGAACUCCCACCUGGUGCAGAGUUAGAUGAAAAUUUGCUAAGGAUCUUCAGUUAUCAGGCUUGCGGUAAUCUUGCACCUAUUGCAUCGAUUGUUGGUGGUAUCGCUGCGCAGGAAGCAAUGAAAGCUGUUAUGCAUCAUAUGACUCCGCUGAAACAGUUUCUUUACAUUGACUGUAUAGAAGCAUUGCCUGGCGAUUGGUCACCUUUCGACAAUAACAAUCUGACGGCUAAUGAUUGUGAAAUGAAAAACUGUCGCUACGAUGGCCAGGUUGCUGUUUUUGGACGAGCUUAUCAGGAAGCACUUCUAAUACAAAAAUAUUUUAUUGUUGGCGCAGGUGCAAUUGGGUGUGAAUUAUUGAAAAAUUUGGCCAUGAUGGGUGUAGCAUGUGGACCCGAAGGCAAAUUAAAAAUAACAGAUAUGGAUCAGAUUGAAAUAAGUAAUCUUAAUCGACAAUUUCUGUUCAGGAGAAAUGAUGUUGGCAAUAAAAAAUCUGAGGUGGCUGUCAAGGCAGUAAAAGAUUUCAACCUUAACAUUAAAAUUGAUGCUCUUUCGGAACGUGUUGGUGCCGAGACGGAGAGUAUUUUCACUGAUGAUUUUUUCAACGAUCUCAACGGUGUGCUGAAUGCACUCGACAAUGUUGAUGCACGGCGAUAUAUGGAUCGUCGCUGUAUUUACUAUCGUUUACCGUUGCUUGAUUCUGGAACAAUGGGUACGAAGGGUAAUACGCAAGUGGUUUAUCCCCAUCUUACUGAAUCUUAUGGUUCAUCAGUCGAUCCGCCGGAAAAAGAUAUUCCAAUUUGCACAUUAAAAAAUUUCCCCAAUGAAAUUCAGCAUACCAUACAGUGGGCACGCGAUUUAUUUGAAGGUUUAUUCACAACUCCAGCAGAAACAGCAAAUCAGUUCAUAUCUGAUGAACGCGGUUUCUUGCAGCGGGUUGAUCAAAUGAACACAGCUCAACGACUGCACAUGUUGUCCAAAGUAGAAGAAGCUCUGAUCCGCGAAAGACCACACAGCCCAGAAGAUUGCAUAAAGUGGGCUCGGAUGAAUUUCCAAGAAUAUUUUCACAACAUGAUUGCACAGUUAUUGCAUAUGUUUCCGCCUGAUCAGGUGACUGAACAGGGGAUUAAAUUCUGGUCAGGUAGUAAACGUUGUCCACAUGUUUUGGAUUUCAAUCCGGAUGAGCCGGAACACUUCAAUUUUGUUUGGGCUGCAUCGAUUCUUCGAGCACAUCAGUACGGCAUUACACCAAUAAUUGACAAGAAAAAGUUCUUGGCUGUCUUAAAUGAAAUCCACCCACCACCUUUCAUGCCGAAAUCAGAUGUAAAGAUAGCUGUUACUGAAGCCGAAGCAAAACAAGAAGAAAAAGCAACAGCUGAUGAUGACGUCGACGAGAAACUGCAGUCAGUUAUGAUGAAUCUGGCGAAAUUGAACAAAAAAACAACAAAGUCAUUGAUUCCGAUCGACUUUGAGAAAGAUGAUGACACUAACCAUCACAUGGAAUUUAUCACUGCUGCUUCAAAUCUACGCGCUGAUAAUUACCAAAUCACACCAGCAGAUGUUAUGAAAACGAAGCAGAUUGCUGGACGCAUUAUUCCAGCUUUAGCGACGACAACAUCUGCUGUUGCCGGAUUAGUUUGCAUUGAAUUAUAUAAAAUGAUUGGUAAUGGACAUCAGCCACCGAACGUCCCACUGAAAGUUUUCAAGAAUGGAUUUUUGAAUUUAGCGUUGCCAUUUUUCGGAUUUUCGGAACCAAUUGCAGCGCCAAAGAAGAAGUGUGCGGAUGGCUAUUUUACGCUCUGGGAUCGAUUCGAGAUACAGGGACCGAAGAAAAUGAAGGAAUUAAUUCAAUGGAUCAAGGAAGAAACUGGACUGGAUGUAACAAUGAUGUCAUGUGGGGUAUCACUCAUCUAUAGCUUUUUUUUAAGUAGUGAUAAAAGAAUGGAACGCUUGGAGCAAGACAUGAAAGACAUUGUGGAAGAAGUGACGAGGAAGAAGAUUCCAGACUAUGUGCAGUCAAUUGUUCUUGAAGUAAUAGCCAAUAACAAGGAUGAUGAAGAUGUGGAAAUUCCAUAUAUCAAAUUCAAUCUCAGAUAA